UCCACAUAACAUGUUUCCUGGAAAAAUAUAAAGCAAGCUAGCUCUUAAACAGCCAGCCUGUUACGUUAGGAUAACUCUAGCGAGGCUAAUGUUAACCGAGUAAACGCAGGUGUUUAUUUGUUGGUCUCAUGCACUACGGCUAAUGUGGCUCUUAGCACACGCUGCUAGUGGAUGCUAGCACACUUACUGGUCUUUUCAGGCUGGAGUUAGAUGGUCAGUCUGGGUGCAGGUGUCAUCCAGGCAGGUUUACAGUGGGAAACACCGUUUUAUGUGUUGUGUACAUGUUGACACAGUGAGAGCCUCCUCAUAUUAAACACAGUGCUGGGCUGGUGAAAUGUGCUGUGUUUACAUGACUUGUAACUUUGUCACCUGAGUUGUUUUCCUGUUUUAAGGUAUGUGGUCCAGCCAGAGUUUUGAACACAAGCUCUGUUUGAGUUUUGUUUGUUGUUUUGCCCCCGGUCUCAUAUUCUCUGGUGCCAUUUCCUCCUGCUUGUUAUGACUGUUCAGAAUAUGAAUCCCACGAGCUCUUUGCCACAUAGACACCCAGAACUAGGUCUGCUAUUGUUUGUGGAUUUGAAAAGCAGAAUGGAAACGGGGGUGUUUAUAUGGAAAAGCAUUAUGGAUGGGAUGCUUUGCUGGUGGGAAGCACCUGUUAGUGUGAAGCAGCUGCUGGGCAGGAUGUUUGUUAUUCUGGUCAGAGAGAGAAGAAUCCUGCACUGCUUGUCUAGUCUGCAUUGGGAAGGGAUGGACUCUACAAAACUGCUGGAAAAGUUGGAAAACAGUAAAAACAACGAGGUGCAGAAAUGAACUUGAAAUAUUUACUUAUAUUUAGAUGUUCUUGUGGUUUAUUAAACGCAGAAGUGUCCAUCUAUUUGCAUAGUGCACACAUGUUAGACCUAUUUUCUAUUUCAGAUCCUGAAGUGAAUGAUGGUGUGAAAACCUAAACCGUGAGUGCAGCUGUAACCCGUCUUUCACUUGUGCUGAAUUCUUCUGAAGUCUCUUUAAAAGCAACUGUUAAAGUACUGUUGACGUAUAAAGCAGCAGCAGCCACGAAACAAUCUCUUUGCUAAGAAGAUUAAGCAUAUGGUUGAGAAAAUGCUCGGUGGAGGUGUCAUCCUCCUUCAAAGCAUCUGUCCAUUAGCCAUCGUGCACAACGAGGCAGUCUGGAUGAUUUAUCAAGUGUGUUUGCCUAAUGGUGGUCGAUUCCCUCCCAGCGAUCUCUACAGUCACACAGUCACAGGCAGUUACUGGUUAUUAAUAUUUCAUGUGGAUGAAGUAAUCUUUGGACUGUAAGCUUGGCAGGGGUGAGGAGACCGUGUGAGCUCCACAAACUGAUCGACACUGGUGAAUAUGUAUGAUGCCAGAUUGCUUUUGCUUUGUUGAAGCGAUCUGGUGCCAGCUCCACACUGCUGAAGGCUUUUUGUUUGAUGAAGCCAUGACAGAAUAUUCUGUUUAUAUGAUGCUAUGGUAAGUUGCUAAGUACGGGGAGUUAAGCUACGCUGACAGAACUUUUAAGUCCACAUUCAUGUUUAGCUGAGGUUGUGAGAAAGGCCUAAAACCGCCUCCUUAGUUCUUCUUAACAGGAAACCGUCUGCUGUUAAAGAUCUGGAGCAAACGUGAAGAGACACGAGCUGUGUGUGUCGUUGAGAAGGAUCAGGUGGAUGUGUCGGGAUGACGUUUGGUGCUGGGGGGUUUCGGAGGAAAAAAUCCCCACCUACUCCAUCAGCCAAAGCUGUUGUUUUCAGGAUGAAUCUUUUGGCAGCACCAGUGAUACCGAAACCAAGCCUGUGUGCCGAGACUUUGCCGUGCUGGAGGACCACUCCCUGGCCUAUAACCUCCAGGAACAAGAAAUUGAGAGCCACUUGGCCUCCAAUGUCUAUAAGAGCCGUCUGGUGCAGAACGACCUGCAGGUGGCCAAGAAGCUCCAAGAGGAGGAGGAUGAGAGGGCCAAGAUCAAGACUCAAAAAGAGAACGUUGACAUCGAGCGGCAAGAUAACGAGAUCGCCCAGGAGAUUCAGGAGGAACUGGUCCGACAGGCAGAGCGACAGCGACAGCAAGAAGAGAAAGAUGCGGCCAUCGCUCGUAAGCUGCAGGAGAAGGAGAUGAAAGAGGACAGGAGGAGACAUAAGCAGCUGGAAACGCGCUUUGAUGAAGAUCAUGGAGGUUUAAAUGACCCAAACACAGCGAGCAACACCAGUGGAGAUGCACUGCAGCCCUUUAAAGGUCGUAUUGCGCACCGUGGCGGCGGGUCAGUAAUGCCAGAGACUGAGUACGGACUGAAUGAGGCCACCAAGGGUUUGACCAAGCUCGAUCUGCGCGAGCAAGAGCUGAAGGACCUGGAGGUGGCCAGGAAACUGCAAGAGGAGGAAAUUAAGGUCAGGAAGGAAACCAGAAGAGAAGCGAGCCAGAUGCACGUGCGUGCAGCCCAAGUGGCACAAGACGAGGAAAUCGCCCGACUGCUGAUGGAGCAGGAGAAAAAGGAGUACAGGAAGAAUCGCGAAUGGGAGAAAGAGAAGGAGCGGGAGAGGCUGGCCAUGGAAAGGAUGGCAGUGGAGAGGAGGCGGCAAGAGGGAGACUACAGGCCAAACUCCGAGGAUGUUGUCCGGCCCAGGACACGAGAGGAGUACGAGUACCAAAGGCAGAAGAACUACAAGCCUCCGAGGCCUCCACAGCCGCGCACACAUGACUAUGAGAAUGUCAGUCCUGGCUACGUCUACCCAGAUCACCCUGCUGCCCCUCGCGCUCCAGCCAGACCUGAUCCAACUUACAGAGGUGCCUAUCACAAGCGGUGACUCAGGCUCUCGACCGUGCGCACACAUGCUGUCAGUCCUCCUGUGUGUGUGUGUUUAUCUUUUAUUUUCACCCAUUCACACUCUGUUGGCCAGAAUCCUUUGGACAGUCAUGAGUUGGCAGUGGGAUUUUUUUUUUUAAUAUCCUCCAAAGUUGAAGUGGAUGUGUGAGUGCUAGAAAUACACUCAUCUUUUUUUUAAUGAUCUGUAAAAUGUGAUUGCAUAUUUCUUUGAACUGAUGUGACAUUAAGCCUAGCCAAAAGAAAUCUCCCAUGAUUCUUUGCUGUGUAAAUGAAGGAACUGCCCCCCUGCUGUGGUCAUUGUGUGCCAUCAAAGGGCUUAAAGCCUCUGCUGGAUGUAACAGAGUUCCUCGAGACUCUUCAUGGGACAUGCCUGUCUGGUCCACUGUGGCUGUUACAGUGUCUUAGAUACCAACGUGGCAGCUUCUUUGUUACAGCGUGCUGCGCCUCUGUUCUCGCCGUGCUGUGCAGCGAGGCCCUGUGAGGGCUGCCCAUGUGCCACACAGCCUUUGACUCUGAAGGGGAUGCAUUAUAUUUUGUUUUAUUUGCUGUAAUUAUAAAACAAAGAAAUAAGCCUUGAUUUCGGUGCUGGUAGCUCUGGCUUUCAUAUGUUUCCCACCUUGUUCCAGCGCAGAAGAGGUGGAGCUUAGCGGCGAUCCGUGGACAUCGAUCAGCUCGAUGUGUUUGCGUUUUAUUUGCUUGUGAGGGGAGCUUUUUUUUUUUUUUUU